UCGUCCAGAACUCACCCAACAAGCCAGCAGCCAUGAGUCCAUCACGUAGCCACAUCCUGGUUUGUCUGCUCGUCAUUGUUCAACAAAGUCUGGUCCAGGGCUGUGACUCAGACAGCCAGUGUCCGGACGGAUAUCACUGCUGCACGGGUACCGACUGGUGUUGUUCGUCUGGAUACGUAUGUACCGGAACUGCCACCUGCUUAUCCAUAGGGAUAAUCGUCGGACCUAUCGUCGCUGUCGUAAUUAUCAUCGCUCUUAUCGUUCUGUGGUGUUACAGACGACGCAGAGUGACCUACAAUCAGAUUUGAUGCUCAUGACAUCACAAGUUUGGUAGUGACAUCAUCACUUAGAUCUUCCACCUUCAUCCUUCACCAUUUAAUACACCUCGUUCAGUAUUGUAAUUCGUUACUGAUGACAUCACAAGUUUGGUAGUGACAUCAUCACACAAGAUCUUCCACCUUCAUUCUUCUCCAUUUAACACACCUCAUGCACUCAGCAUUGUAAUUUGUUACUGAUGCAGAUACUAGUAUAUGCAUUAUAACUUUGAUGUUAAAUAAAAUGUUCAAUAUUUUU